UUGAAUUAAAAAUAUUUUAGUAUAGAAGUAACCGUCCGAGUGGUUGAACGUAAAUAAAUUUUUAAAUUUUAAAAAUUUUUUCGAUUUUGAAGUAUAAAAAAUAAACGUGUUUGACACAAGGCAUCGAGUUCUGCAUUCAAGAAAAAAGAUAAGAUUUGAUUCUAAAAAAGAAAACAAAUAAUAAUAACCCUUAUAUAAAACUAAUUUUUAUAAUAUUAAAUAAAAAGUAAAAGAAUAAAUAAGAAAAAUCAAUCAAAAUGGGUUGUGGAAUGUCUAUGGUUAAAUAUAUAUUAUUCCUCUUCAAUUUAUUAUGCGCGAUAUGCGGCAUAUUAAUUAUAGCUUUUGGUGCUAUGAUGUUCACUGACGUCAAUAGUAUUAAAGAUUUGGGUGAUGCUUUUGCAACACAAGGACUUCCAGUUGCAUUAAUUAUAUUGGGUUCAGCUAUAUUAAUAAUAUCAUUCUUUGGAUGUUGCGGUGCGAUUAGAGAAUCAUCAUGCAUGUCAAUGACUUAUGCUGCUCUAUUAUUUGUCCUUUUGGUAUGUCAAGUUGCAUUGAUUGUAUUUGCAUUCUUAAGUAAAACAGAAUUUAUAAAUGAAGUUGCUAAAAUAGUUGAUAAAGCUUGGGAUGAACGUCACAAUACUCGUACACUUAUGGAUAGCUUGGAAACUUCAUACAAAUGUUGCGGUAAAACUGGUUACAAAGAUUAUUUAUUGAAUGUACAAUUACAAUUACCAAAAACUUGUUGUGAUUUAAAUGCCGAUUCAUGUAUACCAUUAGUUAAUGCUUAUUCAGUUGGUUGUAGAUCAGCUGUUACUCAAUGGUGGGAAAAGAAUUGGGAUCUCAUUAAAUAUGUUGGUAUCGGUAUUGCAGCAGUUGAGUUUAUUGGACUCGUAUUUGCUUGUUGCUUAGCAAAUAAUGUACGUAAUUACAGAAGAAGGUCAGCAUAUUAAAUACAUACAUACAUAUAUAUUUUUUUGAUAAAAAUAAAAGAAAAAAAAUUUACAAAACGCUCAACUUUUCAACAUGAUAAAAACUUUUUAUUAUUAAUAAAUAAUAAUAUAUAAUAUAAAUAUAAAUUAUUCAUUUGAAAUAAUAAUUUGAAUAUAUUCUAAAUUUUAAUACAUAUAAAAUACUUAUUAUUUUUUUUUUCAAUGUAAUUUGAAUAUAGAUUUUAAUUUUAAUUUAAAUUUUGGAUAGAAUUUCUUAAAUAAUUUGUUUAUUAUUUUCUACAAAUUAAAUCAACAAAUUUAUGUAAUAUGAAUUUUUAAAAUUAUAUGUAUUUGAUAUAUAAAAAGUAAAUAAAAUAAAAAACCAAUAAAUUUACCAAAAUAAAAAAAAAACAAAGAUUUUAAUUAUUUUCUUCUUUAAUAAUCUAAUAAAUUAAUAAUGUGCUUUUGUUUUUAAUUUCUCAAAACAAAUUAAAAUAUAUAUGAAAAUAUUUCUAUUUAAAUAAGCAAAUUAUUCUAAAGUUUCUUUAAUUUUUUUCAAAAUUCAUUAAAAAAAAUAAUGUUAAAUAUGAAUGGUAAUUAAAUAUUAAUGUUAAUUUUAUUUAAUAAUAUCUAUACAAAAUAUUAUGGAUAUGUAUUUGUACACUUAUUAAAAAAAAUUAAAUAAUUAUAGAAAUUUUUAAUAUAUUUAAUGUUAUUGCAGAAUUUUGAGACUUUUAAAGCAAAAAAAAAAAUUUGAAAUUUCCUACUAUUAUUUUCAUAAAUAAAAAUUUUCUAAUAAUAAUCAAAACACAUACAAAACAUGACUUAGGCCAUAAAUGUGAGUCUCUAAAAAAUAAAGUAGUAGAAAUUUCAUAUUUUUUUAUUCAAUUUUAAACUAAAAACAAUAAAAAAAACAAAAAGAAAAUAUAUUGAAGCCUUACAAAAAAUUAAUAAGAUUUACAAAAAAAAAAAAAAUUUCAAAGUGUUUUUAAACAAAGUAACACAAUACAUAAUACUUUUUACACUUUAUAAUUAUUUAAAAAAUAAGUAAAAGAAAAAAAAAUGAAAAAAAAAAAGAACAAAAAUGUACAGAAAAACUUCAAGCUUUGUUUUAAAAAAAAAAGCAAAGUAAAAAUAACACCAUCAACUUUUACAUACAGGAUCAAAUCGGUUUGUUUUUGGGAGCGAGAAUUAGAUUUUAAUAGUGAAUUUAGUUUUUAAAAGUUUUUUUUAUAGCAGAACUAAUUUUUUAUACGAGUAUAGCACAAUAAAAUUAAUUUUAGAUUUUCUUUUUUAAAAUAUUUAGAAUUUAAAUAUCUUUUUGAAAUGUAAAGUACAAAAUAGAAGCAUUAUAAAUAUAACAAACAGGCACGGUACGCACGGCAGUCACACAAAUAAAUUAUAGAAACAAAUAUUUUUUAUUAAACUUUUCUUUUUUUUAAGAAUUUUCAAUAUGACUGUAAUUACUUUAAAUUUUUAAUAAAUAUAUUUUAAUUUUUAAAAAAUGGGAAUAGAUGGGAGGAGAUACAAAAAAAAAUCCUGUAUGUUUUGCAAAUUAUUAAAAAUAUUGACACGCAAAUAUUCAAAAAAAAAAAAAACCAAA